GCGACCCAAAUGACAUGCUGCGCAGUGACACGACAUGCGGCGGACCAUCUGGACAGGGACACUCCGCCUGACUCCGCCGAGUACUACGAGCAAGUGGCCGCCCCCCAACAUCGGUCUCGAAAGAGAUGAUCUAGAGUGCGUCGUCUCCUCAACUCAUCCGGCUUCAUGGAAGCAAAUCUACGGCGUAAUGUCCCGGCGCACCAUCGGCGGCGGAAGGGUGUUGGGAAGCGGUAGAACUCUUGGGCCGCCUGCUCCUCCGCCGAAGUCCUCCUCCCCUGUUCCCGCUCGUCUCAUUUCUCCGUCGGCCUCGAGCCUGUCCUUGAACACGUCCGCAAGCGAUGGCUCUACACCACCAUCAUCGGACACACAAGAUAUCGCGGCCCGCAUUUCGGUUGACAAUGGAGCUCCCGAUCUCGCCACGGCAGCCGCUGCUGCAGGGGACCGUUUGGUUUGCCCGAUAUGCAACGAGGAGAUGGUCACCCUACUACAACUAAAUCGUCAUUUAGAUGACGCACACAAGGAGAUAGAGGAAGAGCAGCAGGAUGAAGUCAAGGACUGGUUCAAACAACAGAUGGUCAAGGCGAAAAAGUUCCAGCCGCUGGCGGUACUGAACCAGAAACUCAAGGGGCUGGAUGUUUUCGAGUCCAACCAUGACAUCUCGCGAAGUGGUACUCCGACACCAAGGAUCGCAUCAACCGUGGAUGCUAAAGACUCGGCUCCCCCUCCGACACCGCCGAAGCCGACACAGACCAUCAUAGACCCGGACGAUGUUAUCACGAAACAACAUUGGCAGAAACGAACCGGCAACGAUGUAUGUGCAGAUCCGGCAUGCGGGAAAAGGCUGGGUUCCACGACGACAGGGAUCGUCAAUUGCCGGCAUUGUGGUAAACUUUUCUGCGAGGAGGACACAAUGUACCAGAUGAAGUUGUCGCGGUCGGCGCAGCAUGAGCCAGUCCGUGGUCUAUGGUAUCGGGUUUGCGAGACAUGCUACAAGAGUCGCGAGGGGUAUGUGGACAGACACGGUGUUGAACGUGACCGGAUGAAUGAGUUUGAGGCUAUUAGGCGGAACAGACUCAGUCACAAAGAGAUGGAAGUGUCGCGGCUGGAAAAGAGGCUGACCAGACUGACGCACUUACUGGCCAACCCACCGGACGAGAUCCCACAGCCAACUCCUAACAAGAGAUGGUCUUUGAAUUGGGUACCAACCGACCCACGAAAAGCACUUGAACAGAGUAUCGUGGCAUGGCAGGAUGACGCCGAGGUUCAACGAUGUCCAUAUUGUCAGCAAGAUUUUACCCAGUAUACAUUUCGGCGACACCAUUGCAGAACAUGCGGGAAGGUUGUGUGUGGCGAUCCUGUCACCGCAUGUUCUACUCUCGUCGGCCUCAGUGUCGCGACCACUAACUGCCGCCUCCGCGUGACAGAAAAGCCUCCCCCAGACGAUACCAUCUCGCUCGACAUACGAUUAUGCAAAGACUGCAAGCACACGAUAUUCUCCCAUCGAGACUUUCAGGCAUCCUUAACAUCACCUUCGAUCGAGGCAUUCACGCGAGCGUACAACAACCUUGUACAAUUUGAGAGAGGAAUCCGACUUCUGAUGCCGAGAUUCCAAAAAUUGCUACAGGCCCUACAGGAUCCGGACCGGCCACCCUCUGCCGCCCAGCUCACAGAUGCGUCACGCACACGCAAACGGCUGAUGGAUUCGUUUUCGCAGUACGACACGGCAGCAAGGCGGAUAAGAGACCUACCCAGCCAAUCGGCCACGCAACUCAAGCUUCAAAAAGCUAUUUACCAAAACGCCACCCAGUUUCUACAUCUUCACAUGCUCCCCUUGAAAUCGCUGCCCAAGGUGCUUAAACAUGCCACGCCGCAUGGGGCCAGCAGCAGUAGACCUGGCGGUAGCGAAUUUUCCAACCCACGUGCCUCUCUGGCCGUCCUGAACCGCAACCGCAGCACCCAUCAUAUGCGUCACGACAGCAGUUCCAAUAUUUCCGUGGCAAGUUUCGCCUCUUCAUCGCGAGUCAGCGAGCUUGAAGCCGAGGAAAAAGCACUUAGGGAACGUCUCAUCGUGCUCGAAGAGCAGAAGUUCAUGGUGCAAGAGAUGAUUGCCGACGCCAACAAACGACGCAAAUUUGACGAGGUCGCAGCCCUGGCGGGCAAUGUAGAAGAUCUCAGUGUCGAGAUUGACCGCGUCCAGAAACAGGUCGAUAACUUGCGCAACGAGUUUGAAGACGUCUACACGGGGUUGGGUGGUGGUGGCGAUACUACUAUUCCUAACAACAUUAACACCAACAACAACAGCCGUCCCAGCAACAACGGACAUGGAAGCGGUGUCAACAGUCCUAUCAGGAAACCUUCACAUGGCGCUACCGUGGCCUUGACAACUGGGGUCAACAUCUCAGGCGCCAGAAGUGGAUCUGGCGGGAACGGUUGACCUUUUAUGCCCCAGGCACGCCCAUCCCGCUGGCGUUUGAUACAGAUAUGAACCGACAUGAUACGAUAUGGUAUGACAUUGGAUUGGGGCUUGUGGUUGAUAAAACGGUGUCUUUGGGCGGUGUCUGUCUUCAAGAGUGUGGUUUUUUACAGUCUAGUAGCUUUACGUUUAAAUCAGAUCGUAUUACAUUGCAUUGCCACACUCUGGGAGAUAAGAGGAGUCAAUACUCCCUCGGCCGUAGCAAGGAUGAACACCGUAUCGUAUCAAUGAUAGGAAUAUAAUAAACAAUAAGUCGUUAUCCAUCAUCUCAUCAUCGUCGUGAGUGAAAAGAGAAGGAAAGGAAAAGAGUUCCUUUCAGCCAAAUUCUGCAAUGACUU